AGCCCCGCGCCGCGAUGCACCUGGCCGAGAUGCGCGGCUUGCCCCAGGCGCUGGCGAUGCUGCUCCGGGUCCUCCAGGCGCAGCUGAGCGCCCUGUGGCUCUGCCUAGCGCCCUUCUCCUGCCGGCUCCGGGGGGCGCUGCUGCCGGGGAGGAGCCCCCCGCUGCUGGAGGAGGGCGCUGGGGAGCCGGAUGGCGCCGAGGUGCCCACGGUCCCCACCAGCGUCAACUAUCACUUCACCCGCCAGUGCAACUACCGCUGCGGUUUCUGCUUCCACACAGCCAAGACCUCCUUCGUGCUGCCCCUCGAGGAGGCCAAGAGGGGGCUGGCCAUGCUCAAGGAGGCGGGUAUGGAAAAAAUAAACUUUUCAGGAGGAGAGCCAUUUCUGCAAGAGAGAGGAGAAUUUGUGGGCAAAUUGGUCCAGUUUUGCAAGCAGGAGCUAAAACUGCCAAGUGUCAGCAUUGUGAGCAAUGGCAGCAUGAUUAGAGAACGAUGGUUCAAGCGUUACGGUGAAUAUCUAGACAUUCUUGCAGUUUCCUGUGAUAGUUUUGAUGAGGAAGUCAAUGUUUUAAUUGGCCGUGGACAAGGAAACAAGAACCACAUUGAGAAUCUCCAAAGACUGAGAAAGUGGUGCCAAGAUUAUGCUGUGGCUUUCAAAUUAAAUUCAGUAAUUAAUAGAUUUAAUGUUGACGAAGAUAUGAAUGAACAGGUUAAGGCACUAAAUCCUGUCCGAUGGAAGGUAUUCCAAUGCCUGCUCAUUGAAGGAGAGAAUACAGGUGAAGAUGCACUGAGAGAAGCAGAGACAUUUAUUAUCAGCAAUGAAGAUUUUGAACGAUUCCUAGAUCGCCAUAGAGAGGUCUCAUGUUUAGUACCAGAAUCUAAUCAGAAGAUGAGAGACUCAUACCUCAUUCUGGAUGAAUAUAUGCGUUUUCUGAACUGUAGAAAUGGACGGAAAGAGCCUUCCAAAUCUGUCCUGGAUGUAGGCGUAGAACAUGCUAUAAAAUUCAGUGGAUUUGAUGAGAAGAUGUUUCUGAAUCGAGGAGGAAAAUAUGUGUGGAGUAAAGCAGAUAUGAAGCUAGAAUGGUGACUCAAAGUAUUUUUUUAUUGCACAUGCGCUUUGUAGUACGAUAAUAAUUAUUAUUAUUUUUGACAUAAGUAUUGUAUAUUUGUUUCUUAUUUUUAUGAUUUAUAUAUAUGCCAAAUACCAAAUUUUAAUACCAAAUUAAAAGUAAUGUUAAUUGCAGAGAAAAUAGUGUGUGUAACUUUAAAUUUUAGCUUGCUUAAAACUAAUCUUUUUGAAAUUUAGAUUGUUUUCAUCUACUGUGUACUCAGGGAUUGCUAAAUAAUGAUUGAAUUUAGAUAUAAGAUGAUCUCCCAAAUCUCGUACCUACCUAGUCUCUUAAAAUUCUUAGACUACACCUUCCACUAUGGUAAAAUAUAUUGUAAAAAUAUAUGUAGUUCUAGGCAUAAAGAGUAUUGCAUUAAAUUAGAAAAAGUCAUAUAGGAAAUAGUUUUAAAAUAAUAAAUCAGUGACUCAGAAAAACAACAAAUGCAACAUCAUAAUAUAUUUCUUUAAUGACCAGUUAGACAGGUAGCUUUCUUAUCAUGAAGCUUGUUCUGCCUAGUUCUUAAGAAAUAACCAGUUACAAUUCCAGGCUAGGUCACUAGGGGGCAAAUCAGUAGUGUUUCGAAGACAACGCUGACAUUUUCUUGAGUAAGAACUAUUGAAUAGGGUUAGUUACCCUAAUAUAUGACUGAGGCAUAGGCUAAAUUAAGUUAAAUGGAAACCAGUGCCAAGUGAAACAUCCACUUUUCACUUUGCAAGCAUUUAUUUGUGAAAGUGCAUAUUUCCUCCAGUAUUUGUAAAUGUGAUGCAGGGUGCAAUUUUCUCGAGUUCACUAGAGCACACUACUUUUGUUAGAGGAGAAUAUGAAAUUUUUCCCAAAACAUAAUCGUGUUUUUACCCUUGAUGGCAAACAUUAUUUCACUGGAAACUGACCGUGUUUCCCAUGGGAAAUAGCCUUUUGUUUUAAUAAAAAGUAUUCAAGGUAAAAACCAAAUUUUGCUUUUUACGUAAAUCCACUCAAAUCUUACCUUUUAAAUGAUUUUUUCCUCACAUCCAGCUCUCGUGGGGGAGCUCUUUUAGAGAGAGUGGACAGAAUUCUGUAAUGGCUGCCUUGUGUUAAAGAAAUGCUAGAGUUAUUUGCUGUAUAUUUUGCUAAGGAAGUCAGAAACCACAAAGUUCACAUACCAUAUGUCUUCAUUUAGAAGUCAGCUUGGCUUAGUAAUCACCCUUAUUUAGUAGCUGCACCAAUAACAUACAAGCUGUGAGUGAAACCAAUUAAAUUUAAUAACAGCCACCUUUGCUUUAAAGGGGUAGCAUCAACUUGAAAUAUAGUAAACUCAAAAACACGAGUUAGAAGUAAUUUCAGUUAUUACACUUGUGCCUGAGCCCCCCUGCCACUCGUGAUAGUUUUAGAGUUAUGUUUUUCUACUUUUAAAAAUUUUUUUUCUCUUCCUUAUUUUUUGUGUGAAAAACCCUACAAAUGGGCAACUCACUGAGGAUCCGAUCCUGCAGACACUUAUGUGUGAGUAACUUUACUCAUUCAGAUAGUCCCAUUGAACUUAGGCCUGGAUCCUCAAAGAUAUUUUGGCUCCUAACUUCCACUGAAAUCAGUGAGAGUUAGGUGCCUAAAUAUCUUUGAGGAUAUGGGCCUCAAUGCUUACAAUUACUAACAUGCAUAAGAGUUAGCAGCAUCUGGGCCAUAGCAUGUGUCAAAUUCUAGUGAAAAUAAAUAAUAGAGAAAUAUACAUGUUUUCUCGAAUUUCUUUCAAUUAUAGUACUUUUACUUCUUGUUUUAACAAUAAUAGGUAUUUUCAGAGAGAAAUUAAACUUUUAAUUUCACUCUUUAAAGAUGCAGCACUAGAUGAUCACAAUGGUCCCUCUGGCCUUGGAAUCUAUGAAAGGUAGAAGUAAUUAAAUGUAAUAGAAGCCACAGCUUCUAGAUAGUUUUAUGGUAUUACGCCCUGCUGAAAAAAUCUGGAAAUAUUUUUAAAUAGUAAUUCCUUAGGUCUGUAUUUUAUUUUCCUAACCAUAAUGACAUAGAGCCCUUAAAGAACAAAAGAGUGUCGAGAGAAUUCUGCAACCAUUACGUUGCCUAUACAUAGAUUUUUUUUCCCCCUCAAGGCAUUUUAACUGCUCCAGAUAGAAUUAAAAGGCUUGAUCCCACAAUCUUUAGGUGAAAUUCCGCAGGACCUCAUUUAGAGUUUUCCCUGAGUAAAGACUGUGGGACAACACCCAAAGUAUAUACUUGUGUCCUUGGAUAUGAUUUUUUCUUAUGGCUAAAAUCUUGGAUCCAACAUAUAUCCUCUGCACCCAGUCAGCUGAAGAGUUUGAAUUCUCUGUGAUUGCUGGUCUAGCCCUAGCUUGAGGAGUGGCUAGUGUAUCCUUGUAUCAUUAAAUCCAUCAGCCUACUGCUAACCCAAAAUGCCUGCUGUGUAGCAACAUGCAUGGAGCCUCCUCAGGUAUGAGCCACACACACAGAAAUAUACAACCCCUAUGCAAAAAGCAACAAUGAGUCCUGUGGCACAUUAAAGACUAACAGAUGUAUUGGAGCAUAAGCUUUCGUGGGUGAAUACCCACUUCAUCAGACCCCUAUGCAAACUCUUUUAAUCUUGCCACCCUUCUUGCCUCUCUGUCAUUUGCACAAGAUAAAUGCAACAGUUUUGCUACAGGAAUAAAAGAGUUAGAGAGCAGAAGCUAAAAAGUGAAUAGAAAAGCAACUAAAAAACAGUCAGACAUUUAGAAACAUUUGAAAAGAAUGAUAAAGAGCCAAAAUUUUCAGAGUGCUGUGAAGAGAGUUCUGAUUUGUGUUCUUACUUUUCACAUGGAAUUCAGUCCUGUGGGAUUUUCAUCAUCUUUACAAUAUGCAAUAAAAAAACCCCCAAACCCACUCUAUGUGGUAUUGCUUCAAAGGAGAUGGAAAUUGUUUGCACCAAGAUACAUCACAAUGAGAACUUGCUUUAGUUUUUAACAUACUUUGAAGGCUAAACCUUAGCAGUGAAUAGACACUUUUUAUACGUUUUAAAAUUUUAGGUGCUUCUGAAUGAAAAAAUCCUUGUUGUUUAAAGUUGUGGUUUUUUUACUGUAACAAAAUGAAGGGUUUUUAUCAAUAGCUAUAAGUUUCAGUAUUAAUCUAGAAUGAUGUGUGCUAUUUUUACACUGAUACAGUAUAUAGAUGUGGUUCCUAUUAGAACAAAUUGUAUAUUUUAGGCCCUGAUCAGUUAUACACGCGCUUGACUUUAAAUAUGUGACUUUAGAUCUCAAUCCUGGAAACACAUAUGUGCUUAACUUUACUAGCAUGAGUAAUCUCAUGGUAGUUAAGAAUAUGCAUAUGUGUUUGCAGGAUCAGGCAUUAGCUUGCACAGUAAUUUGUUAGCACUUUUAUUGCUUUUCAUAUUAGGAAAAGUGACAGGUAGAAAGAGCUCAAUGCACUUGAAGUCAGUAAGAAUUUUUUCUGAGUAAGUAAUGUAGGAUAUGCCCUAUUUGAUGUGCUUAGCUUUCAUUAUAAAGUGUAACUGUAAUAUUUUAGUGUGUUGCAGAAAUAUAAUGUUGAAUUUAUUUAUUA